AUGGCCGAGGCAGUUGCUACCUCCGCUGCAGAGAGCCUAGUUUCGAAACUCGUCGAGUACCUAAUUACACCCAUCGGACGCCAAUUUGGGUACGUGCUAUGCUACAAGAGCUACGUCGAAGAUCUCCAAAAUGGAGUCCAGCAGCUGAAGGCUGCGAGGGAAAGAGUGCAUAGCUCUGUCGAGGAAGCAGAAUAUGAUGGAAAACUUAUACACACAGAUGUUGAGAAUUGGCUAAAGAGUGUGAAGGAGGAGAUUGAGAAGGCAGAUAACCUCUUGAAACGUGGCGCAAGAGCAAAUAAUGCUUGCUUCCAUGGGUGGCUUCCCAACCCAGUGGUGCGCCAUCCAAUUGGCAGGAAAGUGAAGAAGAUGACUCCAGUCAUUCGGGGACUUCACGAGGAAAGUGCCAAGAGUAACUUCCAGAAGGUCUACUAUGAGAAUACUCCGAUAGGAAUUAUCACUGCUACCACGUCCGCUGCAAGACCAGUUGACAAGAAAGAAGAUGUCCUGGAUUCCAGGGCUUCAAUCACAGAGUAUGUAAUGAAGGCCAUGGCUGAUGACAAGGUCCGUGUGAUUGGGGUGUGGGGACCAGGUGGGGUUGGCAAGUCCAAGCUUUUGGAGGAUGUCGAAAGGCGAGUAAAGCAAGAGAAGUUAUUUGAUGUGAUUGCUGUGGCAAAUGUAUUACGCAAUCCAGAUCUAAAAAGAAUCCAGGAAGAAAUCGCUAAUGCACUGGGUUUAAAGCUAACGAACGAUGAAAGUCCUCCUGGAAGAGCAGAUCGUUUGUCCAAGAGAUUAGAGAGGGAUCCUAAAAAGAAGAUUCUCAUAAUUUUAGAUAAUUUGUGGGAGAAGUUAGAGUUGAAGGAAGUUGGAAUACCUUGCGGAGAUGAUAAUAGAGCAAGAGGCUGCAAGCUAUUGCUAACGUCUAGAAACCGAGAUGUUUUACGCAUUGGCAUGAGCGUUGACCGAGAAAAACGACUCAAUGAGUUAGAGGAUGGAGAAGACCGAAAACUCUUUGAAAGGAUGGUGGGGGACAAAGUUAACGAACCUGAUUUUAAACCCUGGGUAGAUGGAGUGGUCAAGAAUUGCGGAGGCUUGCCACUUUUGCUUGUUUCGUUGGCAAAAAGGCUGAAGCAUGGAGAUUUGGCUGCAUGGAGGAAUGCUUCGACCAAUAUAGAUGUGUCGGAUGUAAAAUCAAUAGUGGAACUAAGUUACAAUGACUUAAAAGAAGAGAGGAUCAGAUCAUUGUUCUUGGUUUGUGCUCUAGACUCUGGGAAGAGUUUCUUGAGGGAUUCCCUUCUCUAUUGCAUGGGUUUGGGUUUAUAUGAAAAAUUCAAUACAACCAUUGAAAACGCUAGAGAUAGGUUGAUUGUUGAUCUACACUGCCUGCAGGACUCUUCUUUGUUACUAGAGAGUGAUGACAUGGAAGAGUUCAGAAUGCAUGACAAAUUUGUAGACGUGGCCAUCUCUAUGUCUUCCACGGAUUGGUACGCGUUGGUUGGGAAGAAGGAUUAUGGGUUUAAAAAAUGGUCAAAAGAUGAGCUCAGAAAAUGCACUGCAAUAUCCUUCAAUUUUGUUGGCAUUGAUGAGAUUCCAGAUAAUUUGGAUUGCCCAAGCUUGAGGAUUCUACUGUUAUGCGAGCACAGUCCAUCUCUCAAGAUUCCCAAAUCAUUUUUUGAAUCUAUGGAGAAGCUUCAAGUCUUGGACAUUUCUGGCUUAUCUUUCACCUCUCUACCUUCAUCGAUGGAGCUCCUGGGAAACCUCAAGUCACUCAGUCUUGAUCAGUGCUGUCUAGAGGAUGUGACUGCUCUUGGAAAGCUUAAAGGGUUGCAGUUCCUAAGUUUCUUAGACUCUACAAUCACUUGCCUACCCAAAGCGAUAGGCGAACUAACAGAAUUGAGAUCUUUGGACUUGAGAAGUUGCACCAGGCUCGAAGUUAUUGAACCCGGCGUGCUCGCUAGCUUGGUGAAUUUAGAAGAGUUGUAUAUGGAGGACAGUUUUGAUCGGUGGGAGGUCGAGGAUGAAGCACCUCGAAGCAAUGCCAGCCUGGCUGAGUUGAAGAACAUGAAAAAGUUAAGCACUUUGAGCAUUUCCAUUCCUCAUUCUGCCUUUCUCCCAAGGGACCUUCCGUUUGGGAAACUGAACAAGCAUAAAAUCCAAAUUGGGAACGUUUGGGAUUGGUCGGGUGAAUGCAAAGAAUCCAAAAGUUUAAAGCUCAAGUUGGAUUCGAGCAAUCUUCUCGUUGAAGAGUGGGUGUCAAAAUGUUUGCAAAGAACGCAAGAUCUCCACUUGGAUGGAUUGCAAGAUGGCAUCAACAACAUUCACGAUUUGUGCGACGAAGGAUUUCAGGAAUUGAAGCAUCUUCAUGUACAAAAUAGCCCCUCAUUCCAUUAUGUUGUUCGCUCCACAGAGAAUGUCCAGUGCACUGCCUUUACUAGAUUGGAAUCUUUGUUUCUCGAAAAUCUUGACAACUUGGAGAAGAUAUGUAGCGGCUAUCUUGCCCUAGAAUCCUUCACCAAACUAAACAUUUUGAAAGUGGAUAACUGUGGUAAAAUCAAACAUUUGGUUCCAUUGCCUAUGAAGAGAAUAAUGUUGCAGCUUGAAGAAAUUGAAAUAAGCAGGUGCCACUUGAUGCAGCAUAUUGUCUUAGAUGCCGAAGCAGAUGAAGACAGAGACGAAAUAUAUGAUGAUAACAAAGGGAAGUCGUACAAUUUGCGUAGGUUGACCCUACGAAACUUGCCAAAGAUGACGAGUUUCUGUAAAACAGAGAGCCAUUCGAUCAAUUUCUUUGAUGGACAACAGCUAAUAAAGCUACAGAGUUUGGAAUCCAUAACCAUUGGAAGUUGCCAGUUAAUAGGGGAAGUAUUCGACCUUGAAGGGCUGACAACCAGUGGGGAAGUCGAGAUUUUGUCGCAAUUGAGAGAAUUAACCCUGAUUGACUUACCAAGUUUGGGACGCAUAUGGAACAAAAAUCCUCGAAGACUAUUGAGUUUCCAAAACUUAAGGGCACUUAAGGUGCAAAACUGUGAGAACCUGAGGUUUCUUUUUUCUUCUUCCAUGGCUAAAGCACUCAGGCAAAUAAAAGAAAUAGAAAUAGCGGAUUGUAAACUGAUGGAGGAAAUUAUGGAUGUACAAGAAGAAGAAUUGGAGGAAGCUGCCACCUUUGAUACUAUAGAGUUCCCUAUGUUAACCUCCUUAUCUCUCGAGGAAUUGCCGAAUCUCAAGACAUUCUAUACUGGAAAGUACCAUAUUCACUGUCCAUCCUUAACAAGUCCGAGGAUAUCCGGAUGCCCCAAAAUGAUGACUUUCUCUUCAUAUAAAGGGAAGCAAUGGUCCAUGUCAACUGAUACAGGUUUGCCACAAGUUUUUUGUUGUACCAACUCUGGCUUGCCCUUGCCAGUCUUCUUCAACGAAAAGGUUCUUUUUCCUAGCUUGGAGGAAUUGAAGCUUUCAUCCAUGUGCGAAUUAAGGAGGAUAUGGCAUGAUCAACUCCACGGACAGUCCUUCGGCAAACUUGCUUCCCUCACUGUUGAACUUUGUGAAAAUCUAUCACACCUUCUUCCAUCAAAUUCAAUGGAUUGGUUGCAGAGUCUGAAUAAACUUAAGGUGGUCGGAUGCCCAUCCUUGGAAGAAUUAUUUGGACCGGUAAGUCUCAACGCUGAGAAAAGGCAAAAGCCAUUGGUCCUCUCUGUAUUAAAAAAAGUGAAGCUGUUGAAUCUACCAAAGCUGAAAGACAUUGUGAAGAGUGACUGCAAAAUAACCUUAGCGUUUCCUAGUCUGAUAAAAGUGAAGGUGAGGCGUUGUCAUAGUUUGCCGUAUCUCUUCUCAACUGCCACGGCUAAAACUCUAGAUGAACUUGAGGUGCUUGAUGUUUCCUGCUGCGAUAACUUGCGGAGCAUAAUUGUGAUGGAAGAAGGAAAAGGGAAGAUCAUAGAGACAUUGAAGUUCCGUCAUUUAAGCACUCUCAAGCUUGGUGACCUCGAGAACUUGAUUAGUUUUAGCUCAGCGAGUUGUGCUGGUGAAGGUUUACAUCCUCUAUUUGACGAGAAGCUUGUAUUUCCAAAGUUAGAAGAGCUACAAAUAAAGGGAAUUCAACUGAAAGAACUAUGGCACAAUAAAAUCCUUGCGGAGUCAUUUUGCCGGCUAAAGGUCCUCGAGGUGAAGCAGUGUCACAACCUAUUGAAUGUGAUACCUUCAUUCAUGUGGAAGAGACUGCUUCGUUGUGUAGAGUCCUUGACAGUGGAGUCAUGCAAUUUGAUAGAAGACAUAAAUACCCUCGAGGGCCUCGGUUUCAUGGAAAGAGAAGCUGCAAGAAACAGUCCAUUGAGACAGCUAUCUUUAUGUGAUCUCCCUAAUUUGACACGCAUAUGGAAGAAUGAGGAUUUGCUGAAUCUUUGCUUUCACAACUUGACUUCUAUAAGAGUUGAGGAGUGCCCGCGUAUAACAAAACUUUUUACAAUGUGUAUGGCGGCAAGUCUGGGACAACUCCAACAUCUUGUUCUAGGUGGUUGUGGAGAGAUGGAGUACGUUGUAGCCAGAGAAGAGGAGAAACCCAAAGAAGUAGCUCAUAAAAUUGUAAUUCCUCAACUUGUCACCAUGUAUCUUCACAACAUGCCAAAACUCAUAAGCUUCUGCCAGGGGAAGCAUAUUUCAGAGUGGCCUUCCUUGAAGGAGUUUACUGUUGAAGAUUGCCGAGCAGUGGAGGUGAUUAUAGGAGAUGCGAGUUGUAGAAAACCAGAGGGCAAUGUUGCAGCGCAGCAACCGCUUUUGCUGGUCGAAAAGGUCAUUCCACAAUUGGAGCUAUUGACAUUAGCGAGGGAGGAUGUUGUGAUGAUGCCGCAGCAUUACAUCUUUGGCAAUCUCAGAGAGCUGAUUUUGGGAUGCUACCACGAUGAAAAUGCCGCCUUUCCUUCUAAUUUCCUUCUCCACAGAUUCCCCAAUCUAGAAAUGCUUUUUGUGUCCUGUAGUUCAUUCAAGGAGAUAUUUCCAGAAGAUGCGAUUGGACAUGGGGGAGGAAGUCUGAAGGCUCUUGGAAAUCUCAAGCAACUUAGGCUGGUGAAUUUGUGUAAUCUGAGGCGAGUUUGGAAAGAUGGCUCCUUGAUGGAUGAAAUCCUCAAACAAAUUGAAGAUCUGUUCCUUGCUCAAUGCCCUAGUUUAUCAAUCGUAUUUCCAACUCCGACUUCAUUCCAUAGCUUGACAGAAUUAGAAGUAGCGGAUUGCAACGGUUUGGUUCAUGUGGGGACUUGCUCAGCAGUGACGAGUCUGGUGCACCUUACUCGGCUAAUCCUAAGAAAUUGUGCUAAAAUGGAAGUCGUGGUAACAGAUGAUGGAAAUGGAGCAGAUGAGAUCUCUUUCCCCAACUUGGAAGUGCUGAUACUCGAUCGUUUACCAAGCCUUGAGAGCUUCUCCCCCAUGAAUUGCGUCUUCACAUUCCCAUCAUUGCAGAGUAUUGUUGUGAUGCAGUGCCCUCAGAUGGAUAUAUUCUGCAAGGGCGCCUUGAGGACACCAAAACUAGAUGAAGUACUCCUCUCCGAAGAGGAUGAUGAAGGGCAUUGGGAGGGCGACCUUAAUACCACCAUACAAACCUUAUGGCGUCAAACAGAUUCCGAAGUACUCUCAGACGACGAUGAUGAGGAAGGCCCGUCAGAGGAUGACCUUGAUCCCACCAUCCAAAGCUUUGAGGCAUGA